CCCGCCUCCACCUGCCUCUGCUUCGCCGCCGCCGACCUGAGGCGUUAGGCGUCGGCUCCUCUCCGCGCUGCAGCCCGCCCGACAUGGAGUCGUCUGCGGGAACCCACCGGGAGUGAUCCCCGCUUCCCGACCGCCCUGCUGGCCGCCCCCUCGGCGCCCGCGCUUGCUCCCAUGGAGCCGGACGAGACGCCGCUCGCCCGCCCGAAGACCAUGCUGCUGAUGCUGAGGAAAGUUCGCAAGAGGCGGGAGAUGCUGCUGCAGCAGCUGGGCUUCAUCUGCGCCAUCCUCUUCUUCGUCUGGUGCAUGUCCAGCCUGCUCUCCAGACUGGGCCGAGAAUCAACUAUUGGAGACAGACGCAUUUUGUCGGAAAUAUGGAGGAAUAGAAGGUUGAUGGCGUCGCCUAACGGGACACAUGAAGAAAAGAACUGUACAGAGCCAGCAAUUAAUGAAUUUCCUGAAGAUGUAUUUACAAAUAAAGAACGGCAGCAAGGAGGAGUUCUGCUUCAUAUCAUUGCCGCUCUUUAUAUGUUCUAUGCUUUGGCUAUAGUAUGUGAUGACUUCUUUGUUCCAUCCUUAGAGAAAAUUUGUGAGAAACUACAUUUGAGUGAAGAUGUUGCUGGAGCCACAUUCAUGGCAGCAGGGAGCUCCACUCCAGAACUGUUUGCAUCUGUUAUAGGUGUAUUUAUCACUCACGGAGAUGUAGGAGUAGGGACCAUUGUCGGUUCAGCAGUUUUCAACAUCCUGUGCAUUGUUGGUGUCUGUGGAAUGUUUGCAGGACAGGUGGUUUGUCUCACCCAGUGGGCUGUGUUCCGGGACUCUGUGUACUACACAAUAUCUGUGAUCGUACUUAUUGUUUUCAUAUAUGAUGAGAAAAUAGAAUGGUGGGAAAGCCUUGUACUCAUCAUUAUGUAUUCAUUCUACAUACUUAUCAUGAAGUACAAUGUGAGGAUGCAAAAUUUCUUCAGCCUUAAAAGCAAGAAUGUUGGAAAUGGUGACGCAGUCAACAAUGAGCUAGAAGAUGGUAAUAAAUGUUAUGACUCUAGUUGUGAUGACCCGUCCAUUCCAUUACUAUGGAAAGUGAAGGGCAUGCAGCAGUAUGGCAAAAACAGUGUUGUGAUGGUAGAUGAGAUCAUCUGCUCCAGUCCCCCCAAAUACCGGUUCCCUGAAGCUGGAUUACGGAUUAUGAUUACAAAUAAGUUUGGACCACGCACCAGAAUGCGGAUGGCAAGCCGACUCAUCAUUAAUGAGCGUCAGCGGUUAAUCCAAUCUGCCAAUGGCUCAAGCAAACCAGUUCAGAAUGGGAGACAUGAAAAUAUUGAAAAUGGGAAUAUCCCUGUGGUGAACCAAGAGGAGGAAAAUGAACAGGACAAUCUAUCUCCCUUUUCAUUGCCAGAUGGAAAAAUGAACAAAAUUAAAUGGAUUUUGACAUGGCCGCUGAUAUUCGUGCUCUUUUGCACCAUUCCAAACUGCAGCAAACCACGCUGGGAGAGGUGCUUUAUGGUGACAUUCGUCUUAUCCACUCUCUGGAUUGCCUUGUUCUCCUACUUCAUGGUGUGGAUGGUGACUGUGAUUGGAUACACCCUUGGGAUACCAGAUGUUAUCAUGGGCAUUACUUUCCUAGCUGCAGGAACAAGUGUCCCAGACUGCAUGGCCAGCUUAAUAGUAGCAAGACAAGGCCUCGGUGACAUGGCAGUAUCCAACACAAUAGGGAGCAAUGUCUUUGACAUUCUGGUGGGCCUUGGCGUUCCAUGGGGUUUGCAGACCAUGGCGAUUGAUUAUGGAUCAAUUGUUAAGAUAAACAGCAAAGGACUGGUCUAUUCAGUUGCACUUUUGCUAGGAUCAGUGGCACUUACUGUGUUUGGAAUCCAUGUAAAUAAGUGGAAACUUGACAGGAAAUUAGGCAUCUACGUCUUGUUUCUUUAUGCUGUUUUCCUGUGUUUCUCUAUAUUGAUAGAGUUUAAUGUCUUCACCUUUGUCAACUUCCCUAUGUGCCGAGAAGAAAUUUAAACCACAAGGAGAGAGAAUGAAAUUCUUCUGAUUACAUGUGCUGUAAAUGACAGGAGGCAUUUCACAUUUCUACCUUCUUUCCAUAAGUAAUUUGAGUGUCAUUCCUGCUUCAUCAGCUAACAAGCACUUUUACCUGUGUGGAAGGAAAGCAUACCUUUCUUUUAACAUGCUAGCUCGAGGCAACCAAAGCAUUUUCCUCCUCUUUGGAUAUUGCUGCUCAGUCAUAAAGCUGUGUGGAUCUUAUGCAGAACUCUAAAAUGACCCAUUUAUGGGACAUUUUGUUGUGUUUUCAUUCUCCUUUUGCAGACAAUCAAGCACCACCACCAAGGUUAGCAAGAGGAUGGGAGAAAAAUCUUUAUUGUUCUUUUGGUUUUGACAUUUAUUUUCCAUGGAAGAAUAAGAGGCAAGUUCAGAACUUUUCUUGGCUCAGUCAAAAUAUCUCAACUACAGGACCAGAAAGUCCAAGGCACAUAUCAUGGCAUGCACUGUUGAGGACAUCAUUUCCCCCUUCAAGUGCUCUGCUUAUAGAGGAACUGCACUGACAGCUUUUGAUGGCAGUGUUGAAUACUUAUCACUCUUUUCAAUGCACAUGAACAAUGUGGCAGAGAAAGAAGAGGAAAUGGUUCUAUGUUGUAUCACUUGUGAUGAUGCAUACUAAAAGUCAGAGUAUCUGCAUACUGAAGAACAGAAUUACAUGCAGAAAUUCAUACUUGAAUAAUAUGUUCUACCGUUAAUGAGGAAUGUUGUAUACAUAAAUACAAACUAACAUUUGUGGAAUAUUAUACCACAAGAAAAACUUUGCAUUGGCCUUUGUAAGCCCAUUGUGUAAAUUUAGAAGAAACUAAACAAAUAAAAUAUAACUGGGUGCUCAGUAACUAUCAAUUAUUGUUAUCAGCUAAGAGUAGUAUCUGAACAUAAUCCAGACAUUCUGACAACAAAACCCACCCUGAUUAUGAUUUGAUUUGAUUGGUGGGAGGAAGAAGCUUAUUUCAUCAGUCAAGAAGCUGGUGUAUUCUUCUCCAUUUUUUAUUUAUUCCCAGAAGCUUAAUGAAGAUGAGUGUCUGACACUGAGCAGUGCAGAUAAGAAACACCUAGACAAAAGCAAGUCUGUCAAGAGAAUAUGGUCCUUGAUUUGAUUGCAUGCAAGUUUUGAAGCAUGAUAUACUUCUUUUUAACCCCCAGUAGAAGCCAAGUUUUGAUAUCCUUUCCACCAGCAUAAAUACAGGGAUAUAAGGAAUUACUCUGGAUGUAAUUGACAGCAAGAUCUGGCCCAGAGUAUUAAAAAUAAUGGGUAACAUUCCACAUUGUAGCAGUCAUAUGAUUGCAAAUCACUGAGUGUAUUUUGAAUUGCUACUAAACUUUAAAAAUAUUUUAAAGCUGUAUGUGAAUGAUCACAUAAAGUUUCUAAAGAAGCACAGUUAACUUUAUACAUAGAUUUUUUUAAUUUUUUAAUGUUUAUAAACCAAAACAAAUUAACUAAUAGUUGAUGCAUUUUUAAAUAUAGUAACAUUUUGCACUUAAGACUAUAUAUGAAAAAUCCCAUUAUUGUGUCAAUGAGAACAUAUUAUUAAAACCUUAGUGAAUAAGCACUUAAUCAGAAAGCUCCUUAUUUUGACAUAUAUGACAAAUAAUUAUCUUUAGCCAGCUCACAUGCAGAAUACUGUUUACAGCAGGCAAUGUGUUUACAAUUAAAGCUAUUUUUCAAAUUAUUUUGGUACAAAUUAAGGAGUGUAUUCUGCUGUUGAAUUAUUUUUAGGAAUUGGAUCCUUUCAGUGUAAUCCUAAGGAAAAAAGAGCAACAUAUUUGUUAUUUGCUUUACACUUGGUUACAAAUGUCAGUAUUAGUAUCCAUUUAGGUUUUUAAUCUUAAUUAAGUAGUUAUGUAGUUAAACUAGCCAGUCCUAAAGACGGCAACAAAUACAACAUUAUUAAAAUGCUUUAUUGAAUGGGCAAGCAUGACAGUAAACACAUUUGAUCUCAAGUAUGCCAGUGACCCCAUUUCCAGGCAUUCAAGACAUUUUUGCUGCAGUGUAAAGCUGAGGAGAUGGAAUUCAUGUUCAUCUUUGAGUCUUCUGUUGCAGAAAGGCUGUGAAGAUGCAGCAUACUGCUGCACCACUGUAGGAGCAUCCGUCUAGUCUUAACUCUCUUCCCUGCUAUCUUUCAGGAGGACAGUUUGCUGCUGAAAAUCUUGUGAUGGCUUAGAUGUGAGGCUGAAAGGAGCAGAGAGAGAGACUGAGUAAAUGGUUUUUUUCCUAUGUUCUGCUUUUAGGUGGGCUUGGAGAACUAGCUGUCUCCAAGCAAAUGUUUGCUCUUCGCUGCACAGUUCAGGCAGCUCAGGUGUCUUUACACUCCAGAAGAGUAGUUCCAAAAUCUAGUUUUGAAUGCCUAUUGAUUAGCUCAGUUGACAGUGAGGAGGACAUCAAUGUUUACGGUGCCAGACCUAGCAAAUUGUACUGUACCUUCAUAUUUCUGAGCCAGGCAACUUCAGAAGACUAGGGCCAACAAUUUGGUCUGUAGCAGCUGAUCCCCAGCCCAAAUAUGCAUGAAAUUGUGUUUGCUAAUGCCAUAAAUCCUUCAGACAUAAUUUAGAAUUAUUCUGCCUAAAUUGAAUAUCACCUGCUCCAGAAAACUAGAGUGUUCUGUUGUAGCAAGAGAUAGCCUCAGAAGGUAAUACUGACCAUAAAUCCCAUGCCUUGUCCUGUCAUCUAUAGCCCUCCCUAAAACAUAGACCCACUUCAGGACAAUUUAUAUUGAAUUCCAAUGCUGCAUUUCAUGACGUGGUCUCAUAUGCGUCUUCUGCUAUGAGACAGGUAUCAUGCCAUGCUUAUCAUUAUAAAUAACAUUAGUAGGAUUCUUCUCUGACACCACUGCAUGACCAGGGAUGUAUUGUUUGCCAAAGAAUUAUUAGAUGCUGUAUCAGGGCCUUCAUGACACAUAAUCAUAUGAAGUAGUUUAAUGAGUCCCUAUGUAGUUGUUAUCCAUAUGCUAAAAUAAAUAAAGAUGACAGUUACAGACCAAGCCAUGCAGAUAAACUGAAUGGCCUGAGAAGGAUCUGGUUGACAAAUUGCUGUAUAUCAGAUAAACCCACAUCAGAAUGUAUCAGUAAUUCAGGAGGCUAUUGCCAAGUAAUAGCGGACUAGUGCCUUUCACGUGUAUACAAAAAAAAAAUAAUUUUGCUCAUGUGGUCAGGAAACCACUACAAAUUUUGCUAUUUUUCAAUCGAGGAGUGAUUUGUGCUUGGCUCUCUGCAAUUAGUACAGUUCUGUAUUGCAUCUGUUCAGACUGUGUCUGUAAAAUUUCGUAGCCAUUUUGUUGUACUAACUGUUGCAAAAGUUAGCUGGCUGAGUUUGGAAUGUAUGUCACAAUGUUGUGUAAGUUAAUGUUCAGCUCAAGAGUGAAAAGAAAGCUAGUGGAUGUAAGAGGGAAAACUGUUACUGUGAUAUGAAAAUUGCCAGCAUACUAACACUGAAAAGUAAUACAACUCAGAAAAAGAUAUCCCAUAUCCAGCAAAGCUUAACUUUAGUAGGAUUAUUCAUGCUUAAAGCUAAGCAUAUAUCCAAGUGCCUUGCUGGAUUGUGCCCUAAGGUGACAGCAGAGCAUGGUUUCUGGGUUUUCUAUCAUAUUCAGAUCUUUUAAUAUUUUAUUGGGUUUGUAGUCUAAACAUUUUAUUUCUUCCUCAAAUUGAAAUGUUUGGCCAGAAUCUGUAGACUUCUGCUCUGCUGAUACCACUUUGGAUUUCCAGUGUUGUAAAUAAGAGAACUGGUUCCUUGUCUCAGACUUCAAAACUGUGCAUCUGCCCUGGUGUACAAGCAGGAUCAAAACUGGAUUACAGCUGGCCAGGGAGAGCUUUUAGCAGCUCUUUUCUACUGCAGUUCCACUGGAGUAGCACAGUCCCACACGGACCCACAGGGUACAGUCCUGUCUGUAGUGAGCAAGUGAGAGUGUUUCCAUUGAGUUAAGCAGUGUCUGAUUCUAUUUACGUACCCUAACAAUUGUACUGAAUUAUAAAGUUGUGUGAUGGAAGUCCAGCUCCUGGUACUCUGAAUCCUACUGAUUCAUGGAAAGUAUUGCCCGAGUAAAGAUUUCAGGAUCUACAUGUCUAAUCUAAAAAGCUACAGUUAUGGUUAUCUUAAUGACUACUUGAUGAUCUAACGGCUGCUCUCUGGGCUAAAAUCUAGCCUAGAAGAACACCUUCAGUCUUCCCAACAGGUACAGUGUAGUCAACCAUCUUUCUCCUGGCUCAGUCAUUGGCGUGCCAAUUUUAUUUUCUUUUUAUAUGCUUGCUGCAGCUGUAACAAACAUAUAAUUUGUUUUUGGUUUUAGAUUGUAUUUGUAAACAUUCUGUCAACAUGUAAACAAAUGGAAAAGGUCUUUACUAGUCUAAUGCUUAGCAAUUAUAGAGAAGAUUCUAUUCUGUCCUUGAUUCCUUUGUGACUGUGCUUUAAUUACACACACUUGUUUUAUUAUGUGUUUGCUUUAGUUGCACAAAUCCCUCAUGAGUUUUGUUGUCUUCCUUUCUUGGAUUUCUUGCAAUUGUAAUGCCAUUUAUUUGUGUCCUACAGUUAAAAGUUUUUGGUAGAGUGCUUUAAGCUGUGUAAAUACUGCCUGAUUAUUCAUGCCAAGGAGAGAUCAGACCUAAUGUAAUAUGACACAGACACUAAAAAAACAGAUAGCCAGGUGAAACCAAAGAAUCUUCCUAAUUGAAAUGCAUCACCUUUGGGCAUAAUGUUCUGUCAUUGCAAGCCUCAGAUCCCUCUGUUAUUUGUGUUUAGGCACUCAGAAGAAAAUCUCUGCAGCUCAUGCAUUUACUGCACAAUUUCCUUUCUAUUUCUUUGCGUCUGAACUCCAGAUUUUUCAUUUUGUUGGGUGAUGAGAUUUAUAUGAUGGUUACACAGGUAAAUUAUCGCAUUUAGUUCCAGCAAUUCUGUACCAAACCCUUUAUUAUUCCCUUGAACUAUUUUGAAAACUGUGUAUGCAAGUGAUCAAUGUUCUGCUGAAGAGAAGAAUGUCAUUCAACUGACACGUGCAUUCCAGUUUCUGACCUACUGUGUACAUGUUUUAAAACCUCCUUUUGAAUAACUUGAGCAUACACUUUUCUCACAUUUUCCCCUGUGUGAGGUCCUGAUAUUUUCUCCCCAGAGAAAGCUGUGAAAUCCUAUACAUCCCUGUCCUGAAAUGUGAGAUACAUGUAGCUCCCUCUCCACAGGCUGAGAUGUGUAUUGAUUGUGGCAAUUUGUACAUCACAUUGUUCUGCUUGCUACCAUACUUCUGACAUACAGUGCACUGUCUGACAGAAAUGAUUAUGGGAAACUAAUGCUAUUUAGAUAUUUUCUUACAAGAAUUACCAGUUUGAAUUUAAUUCAAUUUAUUUUUCUUUUUUACUUGCACAAAGAAUGUAAGCGAUCAUUGCUGUCUUAUCACUAAGAUGAUCUUGGUAAACUUGAAAGACAAAUAGAAAGGUUGAUUUAUAGCAAUAGGGAAUUGUGACAGAAUCUAAAGGUAUCAGAAUAUAUCAAAACCAGACAGGUAUAAUCUCUAGAAAGACUAAUACCAACUGAGAUGCUUCCUUUCAGAGGGUUUUUACAGCAAGAUUAUGACCUGCAUUCAUACACCAGUUGUGUAUGCAAAGAGCACUUGUAAAUCUGCUUCCCCAGCAGCAUCUGUGUUUCAAAUGGCUGAAACUCUGCAGCAAAGUUAUGACCAAAUUCUUGCCUUCACAUUCUUGGGAGUGGUGCCAGUGCUCAUUAAUGUCCUGGUAGUCGGCACAAAUUUCUAUCAGUGGAACUGAGAGUAGAAUUUGGCUCCCACUAUCUCCUCCAUUGCAAGAAAGUAUUUGAAAUUGUUUAUAAUCACUGAAAUAACUUCUGAACCUUUUAAAAUUCCCUGUGUUUCAUACUUGCAGGCAUUUGCAGUGCACCCUUAGGAGGUGCAAUACCUCUUUAAAUAUUAUUAAAACUUUCUAGAACUGCUUACUUUGAAAACAGAAAGGGAUGAGUUUGUAAACUGUAAAUAACAGAAAUCUAUUUAUCAUGUUAUUUAUUUUUUCAAUGACUGUGACCUUAUGCACUGUGAAUGCUCUGUGAUAUGGGGUCCUUUGUACAGAUAAAUAUGUCAUGAAAUCCAAAUGGAUUUAAUGUGAUAAUUUGUUACAAAAUGUUGGCAUGAUAUUUAAUUAUUUUUGUUGUGAAAAUUUUAAAAAAUAGUUAAUUCAGCAUUUAUAAAAGAUUAUAGCAGUCAGUAUUGUAAUGCACUAUAUAAAUUAUGUACACUAUCAAUAAAUUAUAUAAAC